CAAACACCAACCCACAAACCACUCUACCCCCUUCCCGUUUGUGUGAGACCUUCCUUACAACAUUGCAACUUGGCCAUAUACAACAUUGUCUUUUGCCUCGCACGGGUUGGCGCCAGCAAAAGUCACACACACUCUUUAACACCCACACUUGACCUUGUCAUCUUGAACACACCCCAUUGCCUUGACCAAGGACGACUUGCCCCGCCCGCACCCACCGCUUCAACGUCGAGAGGUAAACAGAUCAACCCUGCAACGGCCCAGAGCCGUCUGCAACACUCCCCUCGCAACGCUUGAACCCGUCACUUUGAUCUUGGACACCACACACACACUCAAGUUACAUUCUACCAUUUCAUUCAACGAGUCAUCGACUCUCCAACACUGUAGCCGUUCAUUGCUCUCACCGAGCAGUGUCGCAACAUGGAGGACCCCUUUGGCUCGACGCCCAUCGAAGGCGCCGGCGUGCGCAAGAAGCGCUCUCGCGGCAACCUCCUAAACCCCCUUCCUGCUCCGCCAGGGUCGGACGCCAUCGCGGAACAGCUAGAGCGUGCGGCUUCGCCAGAACUAGUCGUCACCGACCUGAAUGCCGUGUCACUCCGUCAACAGCUCCAGCAGCUGCUCGAGCACAAGGGCCAGCAGGCCCAGGUUGUGGGCCAGAUGGGCCAAAACAUCCUCGCUCAGCAGGCCGAACUGGAAGAGCGGAUCCAGUCCCUCGGCGACAUGGACGAGGACGGCGACGACAUUGGUCACGACACCCAUGCCAAGCUUCUCGAGCUGCAGGAGGCAAUGAAAGGCUGGGACUCGGACAACCAAGGAAUCAUGCGUGAGCUGGGUGGAUCCAAGUUUCUGGACGCGCACAUUGUCCCCACCGUCGACGCCAUAACGCCUGGCAAGAAGUCCAACGGCGAGACGCCUGUGACAUUGUCACGGCGUCAACGCAAUGCGCAGCACCGAGCACUCGACAUGGAGUUUGCCACCGAGAUUGGCCAAAACCUCUUAGUCGAGGUGCGAAGAUUGCAGGCCCUCCUCAACGAACGGGAUCGUGCCAUCGGGCAACUGGGCGAGGAGAAGGAUGGCUGGGAAGCGGAGCGCGGAGAGCUGGUGGCUGCGGUUCGGACGGCUGAAAGCACCGCAGUUCACAUCACUCACAUUGGAACAGAGCGGUACAAGGACGACAACUGGAACCUCGAAGUCGCGCUCCAGGAGCUGCGAUCAAACCACCAGGAUGUUCAAUCGCAGCUCACAAAGGCUUCUGGCGAGCAAACUCGUCUCACAAAGUCCCUCGCUGCUGUUCGCGAGGCAGCCGAGACGCACAAGUCUGAGGCCGAAAGGCACGCACAGACUAUCGACGAAAUGAAGUUCAAGCACGAGACAGAGAUGGCCCAGGCUCGCAAGGCAACGGCAGGUCUCGUCAGAGACAAGAGCGACCUCCUCAGCGAGCUCACCAACGAACGUCAGCGCCAUGUCAAUGCGCUCAAGUCUAGGUCCAACCGCCUCGGCAGCCCUCUUGUCCGCGGCGGCGAUGACCUCGAGGACGACGAUGAAGACGUUUUCCUCGGCGGUGACGGCCAUGGACGGCCACGCAAGGGACCUGGCUUCGAUGCCAACGACAACGCUCUCUCUCCCUCUCAGCUCUACGCCUCCGACUUUGAAUCCCCCGACAACACUCCCAACAGGUCCUUGUCCCUCUCCCGCUCGCCCCUUGGUGAGAUGUACGUCAAUGAGGUCGAGGAGCUCCGCGAGUCCCUCGCUCGUGCCCAGGAGGAGAUUGCGUACCUCAAGGACGACCUUCGCCGCACCCAGGACGACGAUGAAGUCGACGAGUUUGGCACUCGCACACCGGCACAUGGUGUCGACGAUGACACUCUCAAGGCGUCCCGCGGUGGCAGAAGUGUCGGUCGCGGCAGGAGAGGAGGACGAGGUGGAAGAGGAAUUGCCGCCUCCAUCACCCGCAAGCUCGGCUUCCCUCGCGCCUCGUCUGGUCUCAGCACCGGUUCUGCAGACCAGAGCUUCAACUCGGGCUCGUCUGGAACCCCUGAUCUUCUUCGCAACCGCAGCAUCGACUCGUCUUCGGCCCCUCUCGUCUCUUCGCCGUUGGCCAACCGUAACGCUACCCUCGGCGAGUCGCUCGGUGACUCUCUCGGCGAAGAUUGGGAGCCCAGGCACAGCCGCAGCAUUUCGGAUGUCAGCUUCAAGUCGACUGGCGAGGAUCUUGAUUCGGUUCACGCCCACAUUGUCGGCCCCAAUGUUGCUCUCAGCGACGAGCUGACAGCCGAAACCGGUGCCUAUGCCGACGCCGGUGUCAUGACCGAGCGGUGGUCGCCUGGCACAUCGCCCGUCCGCGCCUUACCGACAUCCGACACCCUGGCAACUAUCACUGCCGGUGAUGCCGAGGCUGAGGAGACAACUCCAUCCAAGAAGACGAUUGCCCUUCCACCCUUUCGCCCCGAGUCGUCUCUCUCCGAGUUCCGUACCGACACCGAGACGGAGACCGACUUCGAGGACGCCCGGGAGACUGUCGGCACGCUCACCCCUGUCCAGUCUACCUCCGAACUCCCGACCGAUACUGAUGACUAUGCCACCGCAACCGGUGGCGAUUCAAGCGCCGGCGAGGACAGCGAUGACGACAAGCACACCAGCCGCCUUCGUUCGUUCGCCCCGGUCGGCCUCGGCUUGGGCGCUGCUGCUGCCGCGGCUGGUGGCUGGGCAGAGGCCCGCCGCGUCUCUCGCAUGGCCAGCCGAGACAAGGUCAACGAGCGCGUCGUCGAGGUUCCCGUCGAGAAGAUCGUGGAGCGUAUCGUCGAGGUGCCCGUCGAGAAGAUUGUCGAGAGGGAAGUCAUCAAGGAGGUCCCUGUCGAGAAGAUUGUCGAAAAGGAGGUCAUCAAGGAGGUCAUCAAAGAGGUCCCCGUCGACCGCAUCGUCGAAAAGGAGGUCAUCAAGGAGGUUGCCGUCGAGAAGAUUGUGGAACGCAUCGUCACCGUCCCUGUGGAUCGCAUCGUCGAGAAGGAGGUCUUUGUCGACAAGAUCGUCGAGAAGGAGGUCUUUGUUGACAAGAUCGUUGAGAAGGAGGUCUUUGUCGACAAGCCCGUCGAGGUCUUCGUUGACCGCGAGGUGAUCGUCGAGAAGCCAGUCGACCGGAUCGUCGAAAAGAUCGUCGAGGUCGAAAAGAUUGUCGAACGCGAGGUCAUCGUCGAGAAACCCGUCGAGGUCAUCGUCGAGAAGAUUGUCGACCGUCCUGUCGAGGUCAUUGUCGAGAAGAUCGUCGAGAAGCCCGUCGAAAUCGAGAAGAUUGUCGAGGUCGAACGGGUGGUCGAGGUCCCCAAGAUCGUCGAGGUCGAGAAGCACGUCGAGAAGGUUGUUGACCGCCACGUCGAGGUGCCCAAGAUCGUCGAAGUCGAAAAGAUUGUCGAGCGCAUCGUCGAGGUACCCGUCAACGUCGACGUGGAGAAGAUUGUCGAAAAGGAAGUCAUCAAGGAAGUCCCCGUGGACCGCAUUGUCGAGGUCGAGAAGAUCGUCGAAAAGAUCGUCGAGACUCGCGUCGAGGUCCCAGUCGAAGUCCCCAUCGAGCGCAUCGUGGAGGUCGAAAAGAUUGUGGAGAAGACUGUCGAGGUUCCCGUCGAGGUCGAGAAGAUCGUCGAGGUUCUUGUCGAGGUUCCUGUCGAAAAGAUUGUCGAAAAGACAGUCGAGGUUCCUGUCGAGAAGAUCGUCGAAGUGGAGAAGAUUGUGGAGGUGGAGAAGAUUGUGGAAGUGGAGAAGAUUGUCGAGGUGGAGAAGGUCGUCGAGCGGCUCGUCGAAGUCCCAGUCGAGGUCGAACGCAUCGUGGAACGCCAAGUCGAGGUCCCCGUCGAGGUCGAGAAGAUCGUCGAACGCCACAUCGAAGUUCCUGUGGAGAAGAUUGUCGAGCGGAUCGUCGAGGUCGAGAAGGUUGUCGAGGUGCCGGCCACCUUGGCCCCAGACGCGGCGACCCGCGAGCCGAUCACUCCGGUUACGGCUAUGGCACCACGCUCGCCCGACCUUGGAUUCUACCGUGUCUCUCCCGGCGCAAACUUCGACUUCUUGAAGGCACCGCCAACUCCUCAGAUGAUGGGCCGUCGUGCUUCGUCAUCGUCCUUAUCAGGACACGGACGCCUCAUCGAAGCGGAUGCCAGUGCUGGCCAGCCUCGCUCUCGCGACUUGGCACAUGCCGACGUGGAUGGUCUGCCGCCGCACAUUCCCGUGCACCUUCAGGCUGCCGAGACGCCUGCACCGGACAAGACCCGCCCCCCUCAGAUGCACCUUCCUCCUCCGCCCCCGGUCCCACCGCCCGCCGACGUUCCGAUCAAGACAAUGUCGACUGGCCCAACGCGCCCCGUCUCACCACCUCCCGACGACUUCCUGUCCCGUGCCAUUUCGCCAAAUGGUACUACCCGCGGCCCCAAGAAGUCUAGCCGAUCCGCUCCCACGGCAGCCGGUGCAGCCAUCCGCGUCGCUGGCGGCGCUCCAUCAUCUAUGGGCCCUCCCACCAACCUCCACCGCGGAACGUCAUUCAACAGCAGUGGCCGCAAGACUCCUGGCAACAAGGAGGUGGAUGCGUGGCAGAAGUCUCGCGACACGGUCAAGCGCAAGGCCACCCAGGUCAUCAACGAGAAUGGCAAGAUUGGCACUACCGGAUACACGUCUGCCAACUCCAGCGUAUCCGACUUCCGGGAGCGCAACGCGUCGUUCACCUCGAUCGAGAGUGUCGUUCCUCCAAAGACGCAGCGCGCUGCUCAGCCACAAACGCCAUCCACGGACCCCAGCACGAUCCACUCGAUCACGCAGACCAUGAUCGGCGAGUACCUCCACAAGUACACGCGCCGCACCAUCGGUCGCGGAAUGUCGGAGAACCGCCAUCGCCGAUUCUUCUGGGUGCACCCGUACACAAAGACCCUCUACUGGUCUACCCAGGACCCUGGCAGCAGUUCGGCUUCCGAGUCCAAGGCCAAGAGCGUGUUCAUCUCGGCUGUCCGUGUUGUUGACGACUACAACUCUGCUCCCCCUGGCCUCUACCAAAAGUCGAUUGUCGUCACGACUCACGGCCGCGAAAUCCAGUUUACGGCGCCGUCAAAGGCUCGACACGACUUAUGGAUGAGCGCGCUCAACUUCCUGCUCCAGCACCAGCAGCCCCCAUCGAACACUGAUGGCUUCGCUACCGAGACGACAAACGACAACACAACCAGGAGUCGUCGCCUUUCUGUCAUUCCCGACGAGCACGGCCAGCUCCGUUCACCAAAGUCGCGCUUAAGCAUGCGGAGUAUGGACUCUAACGGUGCGACACCACGGGCGUCGCAAGUGCGCCCUACAUCGUCGUUGAGCGCUCGAAAGCGAGUUGGCACCCCUGCCGACACGUACUUGCGCCGGCACCAGGUUCCGCAGCCCAACUUUGGCGGCCACCGUUACAAGGGAGCGUACAAGGGUGUCCCAAUCGCCGACGUUGCUGCCCUGGAGCAGGACUAUGACCAGGUUGCCCGUGACGAUGAGGACUUUGACGAAUCGUUUGAGGGCCUUGACAAUGUCAGAGCAUGCUGUGACGGACGACACACCGUCGGUCACGACCACCACCAUCAUCACCACAACUCGACGUCGUCUGGCGCCCAGACGCCUGCCCGUGCCAUGACACCAGUGCGCACCCAGACACCGUCAAUUAGAUCGCGUGCCAGCUCGAUUCUGUCUACCGUUCGCCGCAACACGGUCAGCAACUGAGGCGUGAACAUGUUUGCUUAUAGUAAUGGUAGUGCUAUCCUUCUCUCCUACCUGCUCAUUCAGGAUAACCCCCUUGUAUCGAGCGCCUACCAGCUUCCGUCGUAACGAUCAUGACUUGACCCCCCCUCUAUACUUAUAAAUCGUCCCCCAGGGCUCUGUUUGAUGUGACAUACACUGUGUGC